AUGCUCUCCGUCGCAACACCCAUGUUCGGGUUCAACCACCAACCAAGCGUGUCCUCCCCCCUCUCCUCAUCACCUAUCCGCGCCUCAUCGCCCCUCUCCCCCGUCGACAGAAAUACCCUUACCCAGAGACAAAUUCAAUCGUCCCCCAUUCAGCAGCCGAAAUUCAAAUACGCGUCGCGGCCAGUGCGCCAGAACCCCCUGCUGCGUAAGAGGGAAGACGCGCACGAGUCAAGACGGCUCGGCUUCUUGCAGGGCGUGAGACAGAAACAGGAUGAGAAGACGUGGCAGAGGAGAGAUAUUGAGGGACAGUUCCUGAAGAAUAGCUUGCUGGCUGAUAUUGGACGGCUUUCGUAUGAUGCGCCGGCUUUAUCGGAUACGGACUUAGAAGAUGCAAUGGCGUUUCAAGAAGAUGAAAAGUCCCAGCACAAUGACUGGCCUGACGGCGAACACGACGAUGUCAUGGACGAGGUUUGCCAGGAGGAACAAGAGUUCGAGGCCAUGAUUGCUUCGUACGAGCAACAGAGCCAUAUUGACCAGAGACCGCCGUCGCCUCUACUGUCCGACGAGGACUAUGAUGAUGUCUUUGCUGAGCUAAUCGCCCAAGAGCAAGCAGAUUCACAACCACAAUCUUCUGGUGAGCAGAUGGAUAUGUCAUGA